AUGAUAGAGCUGGCGAUCAACCAGUUGAGGUACCAGGAGGUUAGUGAUGGCCAUGACACGGGUAGGAGAACAGACGGCCGAGUCGAACCUGGCAACCGAACCGCAACUACUCAUCGGCCGACUAACGUCGGCAGCAAGUUCUCGACGAAAAAGUUGAAGUUCCACGAGGACACGGAGAAAGGACCAGCGAAGGAUCUGUCGGAUACCAUCAGGAUGAUAUGUUUAAUGCAAGACUUCACCUUCCCCACGCGACUGCCCAAGUACCAAACACCCAUAGACCAGGUGGUUCCUUCAAGUGACGUCCAACGAUAG